UCCCCAAGUCCCAUUUCUCUUCUACUAUACAAGCCUUGUAAUUAGGAGGAGUUGCAGAAGCCCCGGCCAUGAUUUCAGACACCUCUUCGUGUUUGCAGAGAAGCCCGCAGGACAGCUUCCACAUUUAUCAAGGGAUGGAUGAUAUCCUCUACUCAUCCGCCGGAGCCGCUGCUUCUGGCACGGAUCAGAUCACUUCCUCCCACGCUCUUCUGUAUAGCCUCUCGGUCCUUAGAGAAAAGGUGCAGCAAUUGGAAUCUUGCGUGAGCAUGAUGACCUCUCCGAAUCGAACACAGCAGGAGUCGAUAGCCAUGGGAGUCUCCUGUGCAGGAAUCAUGAUACAGGAGAUCAUUCUUGCGGCAUCAUCACUGAGUUGCACGCUUCCGCAAGUGGGCCCAAGCACUGCCGUUGCAUACGAGGAGCCGCCACCGAGUGACAUGAAGGUCGAAAGCGCAACAGCAUGGAUGGAUCAUUCAUCAAAUAACAGCCUAGGAAUCACUAGGAAGGACGAUUUCUUCAGCAGCAAUAAUCCGAGUGCCAAUUCUGCUAUUGACGUCGACAAUGGUAGCGCUACCAGGGAUCAAAUUAGAAAGGUGAAACCGCCCCUUGAUCGUGCCGGAAUGAGGAAGGAAUGUUCUCAAGGUCUCUCGUCGAACGGAUAUACUAUAAUCGAAUUGGAUGCGGCUGAUCUCUUAGCCAAGUACACGCACUACUGCCAAGUAUGCGGCAAAGGGUUUCGGCGUGACGCAAAUCUAAGGAUGCACAUGAGAGCGCACGGGGAUGAGUACAAGAGCGCUGCAGCGCUGGCCAACCCGACGAAGAGCAGCAGGAGUAGCAGCUCAGGAGUGGCCCUGAAGUACUCGUGUCCCCACGAUGGUUGCAGGUGGAACAGGAAGCACGCCAAGUUCCAGCCCCUCAAGUCGGUGGUGUGCGCGAAGAACCACUACAAGCGGAGCCACUGCCCCAAGAUGUACGUGUGCAAUCGGUGCAACCUCAAACAGUUCUCGGUGCUGUCGGAUCUCCGGACGCACGAGAAGCACUGCGGGGAUCUGCGGUGGCGGUGCUCCUGCGGAACCAACUUCUCCAGGAAGGACAAGCUCAUGGGUCAUGUGGCUUUGUUCGUCGGGCACACUCCAGAACCCUGUCGCUUGCGGGACUAAGUUGAAGUCGGUAGGAAGGUCUCAUCUCUCCAUCUUCUUUUGCUUGUGGUAGAAACAAAGACUCUGUACUAAAUGAUUUCAUAGAGUUUCUGAAAGUUACUGUGCAUAAGUCUGCUUCCAGCUUAUACAUGUGCUGCAAGAAACUGCUGCUGCUUGAGUUCAAUCAUAUUGGGAACCAGGAACACAAAAGUGGGGAGAUGAAAGUUUAGAAUACUUCUUUCAUCACUCUGAUUCCUUCCCUAGCUUUUGUUUCAGUCUCUCCUUCUUCUUCUUUUACAGAAGGUAACUAUUAUAUAAGUUAGAAUAGCUAUAAAGUUGAUGGAAACAUUGCCAUCUAAAUUAGCAACCCUCAUCGACUUGCAAUUGUAGCCUCUGCAUCUCUCGUUGGCCUCUCAAAAUAUGUAUCAAGAGGUAGAUAAGUUUAGACAUGGUCCUUGUGCUUUUCGUUACAUUUUCGAUCAAUGCAAGUAAUAAUCUUCAUAUUA